AUGGAUGAAGAAUAUCAACCUUAUCGAGGAAUGUGGGCAUGUUUCCCCUGUGUGGUACUAUGGAAAUGGACCAAGGAUAGGAUGGCUAGGAAUGUAGCCGAACGAGAACCUCUCUAUCCCUCACCAAAUACCAUCUUAACAGCUCCAACCAAGAAACAGCGUCCCAACUUUUCCAAUCUCCAUCAUUCAUCUCAUUCAUCCUCGUUCCAUGGGUUAUUCAGCUCUGAACCUGCUUCACCUACAAAGUCGACUGUUAAUGGGUAUUUCAGUGAGGGAAAGAGGAAUGCAAGUACUUCGAAAUUAAGUGAAGAAGGGAGAGAGAGGUUGGGUAGUAUCUCUAGGGCUUAUGGGGGUCGAAUGCAAUUCCUCGCUCAACCUCCAUCUAUCCCUUCCACCCCCUCUCUACCAUCCACACCUCAUCUCAACGGUAAUGCCACCAAUGGUAACGGUAUUUGUAACAGUCGACCGCGCCCUCUAUCAGCUCUAACUCCCAUGACGACCAAUCAAUCCCAAGAUAAUUUACCUUUUCGACCUUCCGUACCUAACCUCGGAAGAUCAUCUUCCGAACCUAGAAAUCUCAAUGAUCUAGGCGCAUCAGGUGAUUUUGCACCUCAUCAAAUACCUAAUUUCGGUAAUGGUAGUGUGACAGUAGGAAGAGGAGGAAGUAGAGGUAGGAAAAGAAGUGCUACUACCUCCGUAGCGAGAUUAUCUUCACCAUUAGCUUUGAACGUUAGUGAUGCAAAUACGAUAACAAAAGAAAGAGGCAGAAGUCCUGGUCCGGCUAUACUGACUCGAACUCAAGAUCAGUUUGAUAUCAUAGAUGAUUCCAAUCCAAUUCAAGAUGGAGAGGGAGAUAGGGAAGAAGAAAGAUAUAUACCUAUCGGAAGAAGUCUUUCACAUCCUGAACUUAUAUUCACAUCGAACGCAAACACAAACGCUCAGGGGAAUGAACAUGAAGGGGCAGAUGAGGUGGUGGUCAAGCGGGAAUUGGGUUUGAGAGGUCUGAAUAGUGUCAGAGGUGGGAAGAGAGGUAGAGGUAGGGGAGGCAAAAGGAUUAGGUCAGAUUGA